UGCGGGAAGCCAGAGACAGCUGGGCCACUGGCAGGAGGGAGAGUGAGGAUGGCAGAGACCAGUGCCCUGCCCACCGGCUUUGGGGAGCUCGAGGUGCUGGCUGUGGGGAUGGUGCUGCUGGUGGAAGCUCUCUCCGGUCUCAGCCUCAAUACCCUGACCAUCUUCUCUUUCUGCAAGACCCCGGAGCUGCGGACUCCCUGCCACCUGCUGGUGCUGAGCUUGGCUCUUGCGGACAGUGGGAUCAGCCUGAAUGCCCUCAUUGCAGCCACAUCCAGCCUUCUCCGGCGCUGGCCCUACGGCUCGGACGGCUGCCAGGCUCACGGCUUCCAGGGCUUUGUGACAGCGUUGGCCAGCAUCUGCAGCAGUGCAGCUAUCGCCUGGGGGCGCUAUCACCACUACUGCACCCGCAGCCAGCUGGCCUGGAACUCGGCCAUCUCUCUGGUGCUCUUCGUGUGGCUGUCUUCUACCUUCUGGGCAGCCUUGCCCCUCCUGGGCUGGGGCCACUAUGACUAUGAGCCACUGGGGACAUGCUGCACCCUGGACUACUCCAAAGGGGACAGAAACUUCACCAGCUUCCUCUUCACCAUGUCCUUCUUCAACUUUGCCAUGCCCCUCUUCAUCACGAUCACGUCCUACAGUCUCAUGGAGCAGAAACUGGGGAAGAGCGGUCAUCUCCAGGUGCCCGCCCUCAUUGCCAAAAUGGUGCCUACAAUCAAUGCCAUCAACUAUGCCCUGGGCAAUGAAAUGGUCUGCAGGGGGAUCUGGCAGUGCCUCUCACCACAGAAGAGCGAGAAGGACCGAGCCAAGUGAGCCUACCAUCCUGGACUGAGCCCCAGGCCGGGAGGCUGCCCCUGGAGUCCUGCCCAGCAGCCUCAGCGGCCAAGCCCAGACACUCACCCACCUUCCCUAAUGGCCCCGUGGAGCCUGGCCCUAGGCUGGACACAAGGAUUCAGAAAGACACCAGGCGGCACAGAAAGAGCCAGAUGGACCUGAGUGUUGGUCAUAGCCUUCUACACUCGAGGCUGAGAGGCUUCAGGAAAGUCACUCCUUUUUAAAAAUAAUAAUAAAUUUAAGGGGGUACAUUGCAGUUUUGCUACGUGGAUAGAUUGCCUAGUGGUGAAGUCUGGGCUUUUAGUGUAACCAUCACCCUAAUAAUAUACAUCAUACUCAUUAAGUAAUUUUUCAUCCCUCACCCCCUGCCACCUUGUCACCCUUCUGAGUCUCCGAUGUCUAUUAUUCUACACUCUGUGUCCAUGUGUAUACAUUAUUUAGCUCCCACUUACAAGUGAGAACAUGUGGUAUUUGACUUUCUGUUUUAGAGUUAUUUCACUUAAAAGAAUGACCUCCAGUUUCAUCCAUGUUGCUGCAAAA